CUCAUUCUUGAACCUUCCGACAUGAAGUUGAUUCUUGCUUGUGCACUUAUUGCGGUUGCUUUUGCAGCCAGCCCAGAAGAAAGUGAAACAGAUCCCGAUGUCUUUGAGGGUGAUAUGAUUCUGACACCCGAGCAGAAAAUGGCUGCCGUCAACGGUUGGGACGUCGAUGCUCCUCUUGGACGAGGUGGGAUCAAAAACAGAAGAUGGCCUGGUGGAGUGUUUGUCUACCAAAUCGAUCCAGUUCUUGCUCGCAGUAGCAAAGCAAUGAAUGCAAUCAACGGAGCCUUCAGAGAAUGGUCCUCCAAGACUUGCAUCACAUUCAAGAAACGAACCAACGAAAGAGCAUAUGCUUACUUCAAAAAAGGCUCAGGAUGUUCCUCGUAUGUCGGACGCACCGGAAGUCGCCAAGACGUCAACUUGGCUUCCGGUUGCUGGCGUGUUGGUACUGUGGUCCACGAGAUUGGUCACGCUCUCGGUUUCUACCACGAACAGUCACGCCCAGACCGUGACAAUUACGUCACUAUCAUGUGGGACAAUAUUGUUGAAAGAAACAAGCACAACUUCAACAAGUACAACCGUGGAACCAUCGACUCUCUUGGUACUCCCUACGACUAUGGAUCCAUCAUGCACUACGGCUCAAGGUAUUUCAGCAAAAAUGGAAAACCAACCAUCGUUCCAAAGAGAUCUGGAGUCACAAUYGGUCAGAGAAGUAGAUUGAGUAAGAUUGAUGCYGACCAAAUGAACUUGAUGUACAAGAGCGAAUGCAGUGGACGCUUAUAAGGUAAUUGUGAAAGCAAUUAUUCCUGCAUGCUGU